AUGUUCCUCCUCAUAUCGGCCUGGGUUGCGGUGAUCCUGUUCGCGGACUGCAACGAGGCCUUCCAGAGCUACUCGAGCACGCUGCUCAACCUGUUCAUCCUGCUGACGACGUCGAACUACCCAGACGUUCAGACGCCUCUGGUGAACGACUAUUGGCUGGCCUUUCUCUUCUUCUUCGGCUUCCUGGUCACUGGCCUCUUUCUCCUCAUGAACCUCAUCUUCUCGGCCAUCUACGCGCAGUACCUCACCAUCUUCCGGGCCAGCUUGGCCCGGGACCAUCGCCGCCGCGAGGACACCGUGAUGCACGCCUUCGCCCUGCUCGCUGUGCCGCCGACCGCACAGGCACCCGCUGAGGUCUCGCAGCGGUCCGUGUCCUGGGAGGCCGCCCCCGAGGCUGAGGACGGGUUCGUGACCGAGGAGGUGUGGUGCGACUUCUUCUGCGCCUGGGCCCGCCUGUCCCGAGCGCUCGUCCGGGAGCAGUGCCCGCGCGUCCGCGGGAGGGCCAUCUUCCAGAGCGUCCAGUCGGAGUCCCACACGCCCGAGGGCCUGGACAGCGGCGAGUUCUGCGCGCUGGUGCUGACGCUGAGCGACUCCGACGUGGUCACCCGCACGCAGCAGAACGUCCAGCCGCUGGCGGGCCCCAAGCGCGCGGCCGCGGCCCGGCUGCUGCGACGGCCCCUGGUGCAGCACACCAUCUCGGCACUUCUCCUGCUCAACCUGGCCGCGCUCGCGGUCGACACCAGCCGCGUGGUCCAGCAGGGCGUGCCGCCGCGGACCGCGUUCUCGCUCCGGGAGAGGCUUACCAGGCCCAGCCUCUUGAUCAACCCGUGCUUCACGGUCCUGUGGGACGGCGAGCUCUCCGCGCGCGUGUGGGCCUUGGGCGGCCUGAAGUACUGCUGGCGCGGCGGGGGCGGGACGCUGCUGCUCCGGGCCGAGCUGGUGAUCCUGGCCACAACCACCGCGGCGGAGUUCGUGGCGUUCGCGGCGCCGGCGUCGGGCAUGCUCUGGAAGGCGUGCACGCUCCUGCGAGUGGCGCGCGCCCUCCGGUUCUGGGGCAGGCAGAAGUCGUUCCAGAUGUUCGCGCAGAGCGUGGUGAGGAUUCUGCCCGCGGCCUCGAUGGUGCUCAACGCCAUGAUCGCAGUGCACCUCUUCUACGCGGAGAUUGGCCUGCAGCUGUUCGGGGGUGUCCUGCGAGAGUCGAAUGGGGCGCUCGACGGCACGGUAUGGCAGAAGAGCAGCUACUGGUCGAACAACUUCAACUCGCUGGCCUCGUCCGUUAUGGUCCUGUUCGAGCAGCUCGUGGUGAACAACUGGUUCGUCGUGAUGGACGCGGAGGCGGCCGUCGGGGGGAUGUGGUCGCGAGCGUACUUCAUCUCGCACUACAUCAUCGGCGUCCUGGCGGUGGCCAACGUCUUCGUCGCCUUCGUCGUCGAGGCUUGGCGCCAGCAGAUGACCCAGCUGUCCGAGGGCCCCUCCGCGGGCACGGCCGCCCAGGGCCGUCUGCGGGCGAACACCAGCGGCGACCUCUCGGGCGGGGGCUCGCAGCGGUGCCGCUUCCAGUCCGAAGCGGAGUGGAUGCGGCCGCAGGCCACGCUGGUGCGGGAGAUGUUCGCCACCGACAUCCAGCAGAUCCUCGCCGAGAACGUGGCGACGAACUCGCCGCGGCUGGCUGCCGCGCGGCUGCGGCCGGGAGACUACAUCCAGCGCACGGGCAACCUGGAGGCGGCCCUGAGAGCAAACUCACCGACGCGGGCCACCUCGUGGAGGUCUUAGUGAGCUCUUAGCGCGCGCGCGGCCACGCAGCGGCCCUGAGGCCAAGCUCACCGACACCGGCCACCUAGUUGAGGUCUCGGUGAGGUAUUCGGACCGUGAUGGGCCCGCGCGCGAGCGGCCAGACAGCGUCUCUGAGUGCAAGGUCGCCGACGUCAGCCGCCUCGUGG